AUGACAGAUCUCAGCGGCAACAACAUCACAGACAUGAGGGCCGAGACAUUGUCUCAGGUUCCAGAGUUGGAGGAGCUGAUAAUGACUGACAACUUCCUGGAGGCGAUCAGACCGGACACCUUCGACUACACUCCAGGCAUCAGAAGGCUGCAGCUGGACCAGAACCAGCUGUGGUGGCUGCGGGCGGACGCCUUCCUGCGACUGCGACAGCUGCGCAACCUCAGGCUCGACUCCAAUGGGUUGACCGCCGUGCCCACGGACGCGCUCAGACCGCUCGCCCAACUGGAGGCCCUGAACCUGGGUAGCAACCUGCUGACGACGGUGCCUGUGGGGGCGUUUCCUGAGCUGCCGCACCUGCUUAUCCUGUGA